UUCCUAUCUCUUCUCUCCACUCUCCCCUGCCGCCCUUGCACCACCGCCGUUCGUCUUUCACAGUUGUUGGCUCCGUUCUCCAUCUUCCAGACUGGUGCUCAUCUCCAUCCUCGCUUUCUACUUUCUCACAUCUCCAUCUUCUCCUGAGAAGCUUCUUCCCGCCGAUACAAGAGAAAGCGAGAGACGUAGAUGAAUCUGGUCGCUGGCACCGGAGAGACAUCAGAGAGAGCGUGCAAGAGAGAAGCUACCGCCGGAGAUAGAUCAGAGAGAGCGCGCAAGGAGAAAGUGAUUGGUGAAAAUUGCAAAGAUCGAAGACCCUGCUAUGCCUCCCUGCCCGCGAAGAAGAUGAAUUGGCGCUAGCCUAGCCCAUCCUCUGUCUUCUCCUUAUUUGAAUGCGAAGAAGAAGAUGAAUCGGCACACCCUACUCUGCCUCCUUGUCUGAACGCGAAGAAGAAGAUGAAACUCGGUAGUGGGCUUUAUUGAAGAAACCCAUAUCUCUAUCAAGGGAAACAAAAUCGCAUAAAACCCUAAUCUCCUAAUCUCUGGAUCCUCGUAUGUGUUCCCAUCAAGAGGAGCAACGCCUGUUGGUGGAUUCAAAUUGAAGGGGUUAAGGAUUUUCCUGGGUUAGAGAUUUUGGGGCACUGCCUGUUGGGCCUUCAGGUUCUCUCCACAAAUUCAAGGUUGCCUAUGGGUCAUAACAAAGAUGGAGAACGCAACACCGAUAAGCAAGAUGGGGAGCUAGUGAAGCUAGUCGCCGUGAAAGACGGACAUCGGUGGUGUGAUGGCGGCAUCGCGGCAGGGGAGAGUGGAGAGAAGAGAGAGGAAGGAAAAUCUUCUUUUUUAUUUUGUAAUUUGACUAUUAUUAUUUAUAUACUUUUAUUAUAUUCAUUUUUCAAAAAUUAAAAAUUGUUGCAAAUAUGAUUUUAUAUCCAUGUGGCAUAGUCAAACAUUUGACUGUUUGCCACAUCAUCAAAAACCAUCCAUCUCAUUUAAUAGUUUGCCACAUCAGAGUCAACUAACGGUUGACCGGAUGAAAAGUUAACGGUUUGGUUAAUAAAUUGGUUUUGAAAAGGUUUGGCUAUUAUUUUGUUUAAAAUGAAAGGUUUGGCUAAUAAAUUGUAUUUACUCUAAGAUUUUCUAUUAAAUCAUAAAAGUAUUCACUUAUAAAUUAAAUAAACAAAAAAGUAUUGACCUUCUUAAGAUACUUUCUGCCACAGGAUGUUAGUGGGGUUAUUCCCAUGACCUCCACGUUCAUCCACUCUUUCACUCAUUUCCAGCACAAACCACAUCUAAUCGGAACACUAUAUAAAGGCAAGUGUGACCCUCAAAAGCUCUCACACUGUUGAAAAGCAUUACCUAGAUUUUAUUUGUUUGAAAGCAUCCAUGGAGUUCUGCAGUCUAUCCCAGCUCAACCUGCAUGAAGACAACGCCGCUGUCCGCGUCAGGAUCCUUCGAUUAUGGAGGACAAUGAAGCCAGAUGGUGUGCAGAUUCACCAACUUCAUAUGUUGCUGCUAGACAACGAGGUAACAGAGAUGCAGGGCUUAGUUAGCUCAGUUCAUGUACCAGAGUUUCAGCCCAUUCUUCAGGCCGGAAGGAUUUACGUCUUCAGAAACUUUGUGGUUCGUUCCUAUCAUGGUCACUAUAGAGUUUCGCCUUCUACCCGCCGAAUCUGCUUUGGUGAUGAUACAUUGGUUGAAGAAGUGGCGAAUGCGCAUGAUAUACCGACGUAUAAUUUCCGUUUUUUGGCCGCCGCGGAUCUACCGCAAGCUGUCCACAACCAUGCCUAUAUGUCUUAUAUAAUCGGUGAGGUUGUAGCUGCCGGACCAGAACAAGCACUAUUCGAGGAUGUUGCUGUUCUAAGGCGAAAAACUGUUGACCUGAGAUUGCUAGAGGGUGACAUAGUGGAAGUCAUCUUAUGGGAUGGUCUGAUUGAUCAAUUCCAAGAAUUGAUGCCUCAUCACCCGGACCCUGGAACCACAGUUGUGUUCACCUCUGUGGUAGUUCAGCAUUUCAAUGGUCAACACUACUGUGUUGGAUCAAAUGCCACCAAACUCUACUGCAAUUUGCACUAUCCUCACCAACACCCUUUGCUGAAUAAUAUAGAAAAUGCUUUCCUGGCUAUUGACUAUACUUUGGAGGAAGCCAUAGGGGUGAGUAUCAUCUCUUCAAUUCCUGAGCUGAACAUGUACAAGACUGACAUCAAUAACCAGGGCAUUUACUUUAUUGUUGAUGCCCAAGUGAAAGAUGUGAAUAUCUUCUGGUCCCCCUCAAGGCUCAAGUAUCUGGUGCAGUUGAAUAUUCGUAAAGGAUCUGAUGAAGUUGUUGUUAUGUUUACGACAAGCAAGUUCCGCUGGAUUGCAAGUCGUAUUAUUGAGGGAACAGACAGAGAAUGGACCCAGAACUUCAGCAUUCUCUUGGAUUCUUUAAGGGGUCAAUCAUUCAAGCUGAUGGUCGAACUGGGUGGUUUCAACCAGUUGACAAAUGAAUUUGAUGUAGUCCUGCGCAAGUUGUUCUGGUAGAUAAUGUUUCAUCAAGGGAUUAGUGGUUUAUGGGGACGUAAAUGUGUUCAUAUCUGUUUCUUUCUUUAUUAGCUGAACAUUAGGACCAGCAAGUGUUAAUUAGCUGGUCAGUCUAUUUUCUGUUAUGUUUCUGUUUCCUAAGUACUGAUCAUGUUUCUUAAAGUUCAGUUAAUGAAAUAUAUUUCCUUAAAUUUGGUUUCUUAAUUUCAAUUUUGUGUCUUUUCAAUUGAAGGAUUUUACCUACUUAUAAUCUAGAACACAUCACUCUGUUAAUAGACAGACUCCAGCACUUAAAUAAAAUCGAGGGAGUUUGGUACUUACAUAGCAGGGUCCAAGAAGUCAGUUGCUCCAAAGAGUUUGAGCUAGGAUGCUUUGGAAUCCUUCUCUCGCCAUAGAGACAUGUAUAUCUCCUAACUGUAAAUGGGAUUUGGAAAUGCUGAUGUGCACUUAAACUUCAUGUGGCUUUAUGUGUGUCGAAGAAUUCCUGGUAAUCAUGCUGUACAACUCACAAGUCAUUUCCUAAAGGUUGUUCCAAUGAAUCCAAGAAACAUAAUGUUGUAAGCAACAUAAUUGAACUUACCUCAUUCUAUUUAACGACUGUCGAUUCGUUAUUGGCAGCCUUCUCUGGACCCUCACUUUCAAACAGGAGAUCAAGGAUAAGAAUCAUGUGGUUGCCAGCUGCAUUCCAGCUUCCCCAUCCUCCUGCUGGUUGACUUCACCAUCGACUUGGGGUUUUUGUUUUUGUUACACACAAGUCAUUUUAUGUAUGGUUAUUUCAGUUCACUUAUCCUCUGGCUCUCCCUCUUCAGUCAGUUGCGGAAGCAACUCCCAAAUCCCCAUUUUUGUAAUGGCUGCCGCCGGAGGAAGCAACUUUCUAUCAGCGCGAUUCGUUAUUUGCACUCGACUGUAAACCCCACCUUGACACCCAGCGGGAUUCAUCUUUCAAUUAAUCGGGCGCCAACAUUAUAUUGGGGGAUUGCGCCGAGGACGUAAGAAUUGUGAAGGGACGAAGUUAUGAAUCGUGAUCGAGAGCCAUCAAGUCUGGCGGGGAGGAGCAACAGAGGCGGAAAUCAAGGAGAGGGACUUCCGAUUUCGUAUUCCGAUCCCUUUGUCUGAAGGCAAAUGGAUGGACUUCAGUUUUUUUUCAAUAAAAGAGGUUAUAUGGAUAACAUCGAUGUUCAUGGAGACGAUGAAGUGAACAGAAAUAGGUAGAAUUGUCUGAAGAUGACGGAUACUCUGCGUUUUGGUGAGUUUCACGUAAACAAUUCUUUGGACAUAAAAUUAUAUUUGGGGC